GCUCCGGCCUCCUUGUCCAAGAUGGCGGCGGCAGGGGGAGGGGGCGUCGUGCGGCUCCGGCUGCUCUUCGACUACCCGCCACCGGGGAGCCCGGGCUGUUCGCUGUGCUGGCUGCUGCUGGAGCCCAGCCAAGUGCGCCUGGUCACCGACCUCAUCAGCCUAAUCCGGGAAAAGUUCGGCUUCAGCCGCCGGGCUCAGCUCAGCCUCUUCCUGGAGGGGGCGCUGCUGCCACCGACCGAGAGCGCGCGGCUGGUGCGGGAUAACGACUCCCUCAGAGUUAAAUUGGAAGAGGUAGUUGCAGAUAGUUGUGAUGAGAUGGGUAAUGGUAUCACUUAUUCAUCAAGAAAAGAGAGAAAAAGGCACAGGCAAAAGUUGGAAGAGGAGGGGGAGUCUAAAAGUGAAGAUGACAGACACAGAAGGAAGAAGAAGAAGAAGAAACAGAACUCUGAACAUCUUUCUUAUAAGGAAGAGGACUCUCUAAAUGUUCAAGACUCUUGGAAAAAGUCCAAGAAAAGAAAAAGAAAAGAAGAGGUGAAUGGAAGAAAUAGUAUCACAGGAGGUAAGGAUGACAGUGGUCUUGAUGAGUCCAAACAGCUUAAAAAAAAGUCAGAGGGGGAGAAAGAGCCGGAGACAGAAAGAAAGGAUGUUAAGCAGAGAAAGACAAGGGCAGUUAAAGGAAAGACGGUUUUAGAAAAGGCCAACAACAUUUUCCUUCUGAGUCCUAGUAAAAGUAGCACAGUAAAAAACAUUUCAGCACAGUCCAGCAAAAAGAGAGGGGGAAUUUCAGAUUGUGAUUCCUCCAGCACAUCAUCUGACAAUGAAAUGGAUAUGAAACAAAGUAAAUCCUCACAUAAACCUGUGGCAGCAAUCCUACACAGAGACAAAGCCCAACUUGCUGCAAAUUCUGCUAUAAAAGCUGUUGCUGCUAGUAAAGUUACUGCAAAAUCUAAAGAUGAAAAUUCCCCUAAGACUGCAAUUAGUAAAAAAGCUAAACCCCAGUCCUCGAGUUCAGAUUCUGACUCUAGUAUGGAGGAGGAGGAGCAAAGCAAUAACUCGAGAAAUUUGCUGCCUAAAAAUCCACCAAUUGUGAACAUUAUGUCAAAGUCCCCCAAGGCAAAGACCUCCUCUUCAAAGUCUGAUAGUUCAGAUUCAGAGACAUUUGUUAUUAAAAAGCCCAUAGCGAAUGUUGGCUUCAAUAAAUCCUUUGUAAGAAAUGGUGAUAAACAGUUGUCAGCUAGCGAUCAAGGACCAGCUGUAAACCCUAGCAGUUUUGGAAGGGGACUUGGAAGAGGAGAGGAUAACUUCUUCUGGAGAGGACCCAGGGGCCGUGGGUGUCGUGGGAUGAUCCGAGGCCGGGGCUGGGGCCAGGGCCGAAGCCGAGGAGAAAGCAAUAGUGUCUUUUUCAACUACAGCAGUGAAAGCCAGAAACAGCAGCAGUUAAAUGAAGCAGCAAAAAACACUUCAGUUGUUAUCCAGAAUCCAGUGGAAGUUCCAAAGAGGGACUAUAGUGUACUACCUCUGUUAGCUGCCCCUCCACAAAUAGGGGAAAAAAUUGCCUUUAAGCUUUUGGAAUUAACUGAAAAUUACACUCCUGAAGUAUCUGACUACAAGGAGGGAAAAAUAAUCAGUUGGAAUGCUGAUAACAAACAGCUAGAGCUUGAGAUUCUUUCAUCUUCAGCAGUGGUGAAAGAGCCAGGAAAAUUUGAUCUGGUGUACCAGUCUGCAGAUGGAGCUGAAGUGAUAGAAUAUGCUGUUCCUCAGGAUACAAAGGUAACUGAAAGCUGGGGUGCACUGAUUGAACCAAGACUGAUCGUUGAACAUUCUCCUACUAAUGAAUCAACCACUGAGAACGUAAAACUCUAAGAUGUGAACUCAUUUUCCAUAUGUGUAAAUAAUUGUAUGGACUCACUGUUUUGUGAAGUACUUUCUUUUGGUUUUGAAGACAGCAAAUGCACUGGAUGUUUUUUAAUAAAUAAUUUCAAAAUGAAACUGUGUAUAAGGAACUAUAAAUACAGUUUUUCAAAGGGAAUUUUGGUGUAUUUAAUAUCAAAAAGUACAUUUGCCUCUCUUUUUAAAAUUGUUUUAAAUAAAACACUAGUUUUUCUGCCAAACAGCCAUGAGUUACAUAUUUAGGAAUUGCUUGCUAAUGGAUCUGAAAUACAGGAAUUCUUUUAAAAUCAUUAGCUCCAGGUAAGUUUAUUCUCUGUAAGGGUAUAGCAAUAUAACAAUACAAAGAUAACUUACUGUAAGGAGAACUUAAAAUAACAUUUAUAAUUCAUCACAAGUCCAAUUGCUAACCAUACACGUACUCCACUAUCUUCCUCCACUGCUGCAAGACUUGGCAUAAAUGCUAUUUCUUGCAGUUCUGUAGCACCUUCCAUCUGAACAUCUUAAAGGGCUUCAUAGAUGUUAAGUGCUUUUACCCUUAAGAGGUAGGUGGGUAUCCUCCCCUUGUAGAUGGCAAAAUUGAAAACCGUAUGUAAAGCAAGUGGCAGAACAAGGACUAGAACACUGAAAUCUAACACUCCUAGGCAGUGCUGCCUCCUAUGUGUAUUAUAUUAAUCUGUUUGCACUUCUUUAAAAAACUGUUCUGUUGCCGUUUGUGUUGAUCUGUUUGUGUCCUGAGUGCCCUUUCUUUCCUCCUUAAAUCCCACCUCAUUCAGUAUCUUCCAGUAAUACUCUGUUGUUGCUUUCUUCAUUAUUAUUGAUAUUGUGGUAGCACCUACGAGGCCUGAUUGUAUGCUGCUUAGAACAAUGGCACACAGACACAUAAAGAUGAUCCUUGUCCCAAAGACCAAAGUUUCAAACACAAGAAAACAGCUAGAUAUAGUAGACUCCUGAAAUAUUGUCUGUGUCAUAGGCUGCUUAUCUAGAUUUGUAAUCUUUUUGGGUUAGAGAACUUGCCUUAUCUAUAUUAUAACAUUGUGUAAAGUUACAAUAUCUUUUGAUUUUUUUACUGUGUAAAUACAGGACAUACUAAAACAUGUUAACAUUCUACAUGAUCAGUUCAAAUAUUUUUGGUUAUUUUUCA